GUUGACUAUGAAUGUAAUUCAUUUAAUUUCUACAAAACCAGUAUGCCAAAACGCAUACCUCGUUAGUUCUUUGUGAUAAGUAACGGAAUCUGCUUUGAGGAAUAGGUUUAUUGAACGUAAAGGUACCAACUUCCACAUGGUUACAACUCGUUGGAUUAUCUUCGGUUGUAAUUAGCCUUCUUCGCUGCGGUACCGGUAAUGAUAAUGGUUAUUCUCGAAGCUCCACCUCCAGUUCCACUGUUCAUGUUUAUUUCGAAGAUUGUGCGCGGCUUAGUACGGCUGUGUUGACUAUUGCCGCCGACUCGUGGUCCGACGUGAAUGGGCUAGGAGAUCCACUUCUCGACGAGGGAAAAAGCUUGUUGGCACUGAUGAUGUUAUUUUGACAAAUAGCGAGAGCGCUCAGAUAUUGUAUCUAACAAAACCAGAGAAGAGGAACUCACCUAACAUGGGAGGACAGAUAACAAGAAAUUAUUUUUUGUGCGAUACCGGGGAUCCAAAACGUGACAGAUGGCGGCAAGUGCAGCUGCAGUUCCGGCUCGACUCGUCGAGAAGAAAAACAAUUCUCUGGGUGGCCCUUUCCCUACCACAUCCCACCAUAAGCCAAUCAAGCGAGGUAUGCCCAUCCAGCAGUGUGGAAACAGCCUUUCUUCCUUUCCUCUGCUUUUCCACCCCAGUGCCAAGGGCUCCCAAAUCAUCAUGGACAUUGCCCAAAGGACUGUUAAGAGGCAGGCCAGCUUCUGCAAUGCUAUCACUUUCAGCAACCGAACCAUCGACCUGUACGAGCAGGUCCGCCUGAAGGUCACGAAGAAGCAGUGCUGCUGGAGUGGAGCGGUACGUCUUGGUUUUACCUCCAAGGACCCAUCCCGCAUCAACCCAGACAACCUGCCCAAGUAUGCCUGCCCAGACCUGGUCUCCCAGAAUGGCUUUUGGGCCAAGGCCCUGCCUGAGGAGCUGUCCAAUGAGGGCAACAUUAUCUCCUUCUGGGUGGACAAAAAGGGCUGCGUCUUUUAUCGUGUCAAUGAAUCCAGACCCUUGAUGUUCUUCAGUGGGGUCCAUGUGUCAGAGGCACUCUGGGCUCUCAUAGAUGUUUAUGGCCUGACACGAGGGGUCCAGCUACUGGAUAGUGAGAUGGUGCCUCCGGAGUGUGUGCCUCCUCCCUCGUUGCCAACGCUCCACCAGGCGUCCCCACGGCAGGACCCAGACGAUCCCCGCCCCUAUCUGACCCUGUGUAACAAAAGCCUCCAACGGCACCCACUCAGCACCUCCUUCUCCGUCCCUCAGAACUCCCUCAACUCCCAGCAGUCCUCCCUGCUUCUCUCUCUCUUUGACAGUGACCUCCACUUACACCCACUCCGAGGCGCCGAUGUCAAGGCAGCCGAUAAGCGCACUGUGUCUCGAGGCGCGGCGCACGGCUGCGGUAAUGAGAGGACCCUGGUGUUCACCAGCCGGCCACUGGGCUGCGGAGAGAGAGUCUUUGUGAACGUGACCAGGACGGGCUCCACGAGUCCCGGGUCGCUCUCCUACGGUGUGACGUCGUGUGACCCGGCCGGGCUUCGGCCCAGUGACCUGCCGCACAACCUGGAGUCCCUGGUCGACCGCAAGGAAUUCUGGGUGGUGUGUCGUGUGGGGGCGCCACUGCAGAACGGCGACAUCCUGGGUUUUGUGGUGAACGCUGAGGGGGAGGUGUUUCUGAGCCACAACGGGAUCAAUGCAGGAAUGCAGGUGUGUGUCGACAACUCCGGACCUCUGUGGAUGUUUUUCGGUCUGCAUGGAGCCGUCACACAACUCAGGAUCUUAGGCUCAUCCCUGGAUGUGGACCCUCAGGGUCGGUCAACUCCCUGCUCCCCGUGCAGGACCUCCACCACCCCCAGCCUGCACUGCAGCGGCAGCUCCGAGUCCAACCUCAUCGCCAACCUUAACACCAACACCAGUCUCAACACCGGCAACCGACCAACGUUUAGCGACUCCACAGGUACAACCCUCAGCUUGCCCUUCUCCAGCCUGUCAGAAUCCCCUGGCUUCCUGUGGAGUGACGAGUGCACCAUAUGUUAUGAGAACGUCGUGGACACUGUGCUGUAUGCCUGUGGCCAUAUGUGUCUGUGCUACACCUGCGGCCUCAAACUGAAGAAGAUGGCCAACUCCUGCUGCCCCAUCUGCAGAAGGACAAUAAAAGACAUUAUAAAGAUUUAUCGGAGCACGUAGGACCAGCCUAGGAGAGGCACACUGCUGGUCAUUCAUCACAGACGAAGAAACCAUUCAAACCUUUCAGUGCAUGAAGGGCUGUCCUGUCCCUGUCACCUAUGGCUCAGCUACAGUAGGUGGUUGAUCAAAUAGCAUCAGAGAAAUCACUGACAUUUAUUGGUCUGACUGUCUCCAUAUGGUUAGCGUCACUGAGAUUCACUGUUAUGCAGUUGGAUCACCAAAGAUACAAUAUAAACAUGUCGGGUAGACAGGAGUGGCAUUUCACCACAAGCUGCCUACUGUUUGUGAUGGGCCGUAACUGUACAGUUGGAAGAGGUCAUGUUGGCCUUUCCCUGGCCUAGAUACUGGAUUAUAUUCAGCCUUCAUGGAGUUUAACCAGGAGGUAUCUGGCUCACUCACUGCUGAGAGCUCAUCAUCCAUCCCGCGGAUGACAGCAUCGCUGUUAGGAGGUUUCAGAGCCAUGAAGUCAGCGGAGGGGAUGUAUUGUAUAACACAGACAUUCGAUACCAAGAGAGAUGGAGAGUUGUGACUGUAAACCUUUCCAUUUGUAGCCCCCCCCAAGACAACUGAAGAAAAUACCUGGGUGAAAUAUACUCACGAAUGAACAGGACAGUGUUAAUUGUUUGCUUGAAGCGGAAAGUCAUACACAUUGACAUGAAAAAGUUAUGGUCUAAUCACACUGUGAAUAGCAAGGAAUUUGUAAUUAGCUGUGUGGCUUUGAUGUAUCCUAUUCUCUACAAUUACAUGCGUUCUCUUACCAGCCACAAAGACCCUACAUGGAAGCUUACAUUGAUGAGAUACAGGAGAAUGCAGUCAGCCACUCACCAUAAAAUGAAGGUGGAUGUAAAUUGAUGUGGAUAAGGUAUGUUCUGGGUGAGGAAGAUGUGUGUCUAGACUUAUGAUUCAGUGUAGGGGCACCUUGUUCCUGUGUGUGUGUGUGUGUGUGUGUGUGUGUGUGUGUGUGUGUGUGUGUGUGUGUGUGUGUGCGCGUGCACAUAGUUCAGUGCACAGAAAACCUUAGACAGAAAAUACAUACCAAAGUUAACUGUCCAAAAGGUUGUAAAUUGUCCAUACAGUUUCUGGUUAAUUUUUGGGUCCUUUCCUGAGUGUAGUGGAAAGGAAUCACCUGAAUAUCCAAAACAUAGGAAAUUGCUAUUGUUAUUUAAUAAUAAUGAUAGUAUUUUCUAAUAGCAUUCUAUCAAAGCCUCAUUAUAGAGUUAACCAACCUAAAACUUAUUUGUAGAUUUUAUGUUAUUCAAAUACACUCCUUUGUUUUCCAACCUAAUAUACUGUCCAAAUGAUCAUGCUAUUUUAAACACAUGACAUGAUCAUGUCUAAAUGUGUUUUUCUGCUACGGGAAGGUUACCUUCUCCCCUUAAUUUUGUUUUGGUAAAGGAAACCUUUUCCCCAGGAUAUUUGCUAGUGAACUGGCUGGUGGAAAAGAUUGUGGUUAAAGAUAAUAUAUUGGUCUCAUUUUGUCUCUUCAGUGAGAAAAUCCCUGUAUGAUUAAUGCCUUUAUACUAUGUGUUUUUACGAUUUAUUCAGGAAACUGUAAACAUCUGUAUAUUCAUACGUGCCAAAGGACACAUUACCUAGCUGGUUAUUGCUUUAGAGUUAUUUCCCUGCAAACUCACUUUUAAUUAUGUGAAAGCAUACCUGGGUCUCUAAGCAAGUCUUCCAGGGAAAAUGGUAGUAAACUGCACCAGUAACCAAAAACCUGCUGGGUCAAAUGUUUUAUCAUGUUUUUAUUAACAAGGAUAAAAGCUGAUGGUGAAUUCCAAGUUGAAAAAUCGUUGUGCCCUUUAAGCUCCUGUAAGUUGCUCUGGGUAAAUAUCUGCAAAAUAUCCUUGCAUACCGUUUGUAUGUUGUUUAAUUAUCCAAUAAAGCCACUGUACCUGUGUCUUGA